AGUUGCAGUAAUAAUCCAGCAACUCAACCCGCCAUCCACUCCUUAUCUUUUUCUUCAACAUAUCGCAAAAAUGGCCACGCGUAGCGCAGCCCUCAAGCUUGACUGGACGAAGGUCACUUCCUCUCUGGGCCUGCGCGGCCAAACUGUUGCUAGCCUUCAAGCUUUCAAACAGCGCAACGAGAAUGCCCGCCGCAAGGUCCAGGCCUUGUCCGAAUUGCCGACCACGGUCGACUUCGCGCACUACCGAUCGAUCUUAAAAAACCAGGCCGUCAUCAACGAGAUCGAGAAGCGCUUCGCUGCCUUCCAGCCUGCUAAGUACGAUGUCACGCGCCAGCUUAAGGCUAUCGAGGCUUUCGAAGUUGAGGCUGUCAAGAACGCUGAGAGCACCAAGGAGAAGGUCGACCUCGAGCUGAAGGACCUCGAAGCCACCCUCAAGAACAUUGAGACGGCAAGGCCGUUCGAGGAGCUUACUGUGGACGAGGUCGCUGCAGCAGAACCUUCCAUCGACGAGAAGACAGCGAAAUUGGUAUCCAAGGGUCGCUGGUCUGUCCCAGGAUACAAGGAGAAAUUCGGCGACCUUUCGGUCCUGUAGACAGCGUGCGAACUAGAACCAAAAUCACGACCCUUUUCCCCUCGUGUACUCUAGCAUUGUAGAUAGGAAGGUCGGGAAGAGGCGGAAGCAUUGGAAAUCAAGCACAAUUAAUUAAGACUUGUCCAGUUGAGUUGGGCUAAUGUGUGUGAUUUACGUAUCUCGUAUAGGAGAUAUACCCCACACCAUCCCCAAGGACCCAAGACGAUGGGCUACUCACCUUCUAUGGAGAAUGAUCUAUAGUUCAAGUCAUAUUGAACUGGUUCCGUGCAGGUUCGUGCAAGGUUAUAAGUUACUUCAUAGUAAACCUACCUCCCUAUUUUCUCCUACACGCCAACCCCGUCCAAUAUAGGUUUACUAACCUUGCUAAACCCAGAAAUUACGCAGAAGCCAUGGAAUAUCUAGCAAAAUCCUUCUUUUCUUGGCGAGGGUAGCUAAAAAUAACAGGUUAACUUGGCAUAACUCGGCAUUUUUCCUAAAUUACUUCUUAACAUUUACACAAUAUAGAUAACGUAGAUGAUUUCCAAUACAUUACUUCCAAGAUAAUUACCAGUAAUGGCUACUUCCUAGCAUUAUGGAAUCACAAGGUUGGAGAAAAUAAG